AAAGUCUCUCUGUUGUGAGCUAAACGGCGGUCUCCUGGCUGUGUGUAAGCUAACAAACCGAAAAGAGCAGAACUUUAAGGCGGCUUGAACUUCAUCAUCAUCACGGUCAGGCUGAUAUGAGCCUCGAUCAGAGGUGAUUGGUCAAUUUGGGGACUGGUUUGUUUGUUGCUACUGGAUCACGUGAUGGCUGAGGGGUAUCCUGCCAGCCCCGGGUCUUCAGAACCGGACAGUCCCGACGGUCUGAACCGAGGAUGUUUGCUGGAUCCCGAAGAGGCCCUCCUCCAUGAUCUGUCCAUCAUCGUCCCAGAAACCCCCAGCCCAAAGCUCGGCAAACGGAGGCGACCGCGGCGUACGACCGAGGACCACUACAGCCCGGUGAUUGAUGACUUUCCCAGACCAGAGAAGUCCAAAAAGGGAGAUCAGCGUUUUCUCCGUAAAUCCAAACGGCGGCGGGUGGUGGACCCGAACGUCAGCUUCGUUCCGGCGUCGACUCUCCAGACUUUCCCUCUGGGCAGCUGGCUGCAGGCCCCAUCAUCAUCAUCCUCCUCCUCCUCCUCAUCAUCCUCUUCUACCUCGUCUUCAUCGUCUACCUCCUGCCUCACGCCGGACUCGGCUCUCAGGUCAAAGCUGAAUCACACGGCAGCUUCAGCGUCUCCCUCUGCAGCGGCGUCAUCGAGCUCCGGCUCGCUGUCCUUCCUCACCGACGAGGAGAGGAGAUGGUUGAACGAAGGACAGGGAGACGCCUCACCAGGCGUCCAGGAACAGAUUGUCAUCAGCGACGAUGAGGAGGCCAUGGUUCGCUCGUUACAGAUGGUGGAAGACGAGGCGCUGGCGCGGAGCCUGCAGGCUCAGUUUGACCAGGAGGAGUCGCUCCACAGACAUCAUCAUCAUCACAGCCAUCCUCAUCAUCAUCAGCAGGGCGAACACGGGUAUUUCUCCUACAUGCAGCCCAGAUGGAUGUCUGAGGUCUUGGCUGCCGUCUCUCCUGUAGUUGGACUAGAAGACGACCUGAUUGGUCAGCCCAGGCAGCGUGGGCGGGGCAGGAGAAGAAACGUGGUACCACCCUUUACAGAGGAGCCUCAGGGGAACGACUAUGAGGCUCUUCUGGCGUUCGAAGAACGACAAGGUGCCGUGGUGUCAAAGAAACUGACCCGCAGGGAAAUCCAGAGGUUCCCGACCAAAACUUUCCGCUCUGCCACCAACUCAGGAGAGACCCAGUGUCAGAUAUGUUUCUGUGACUACGGCGACGGGGAGAAGCUGAGGAUUCUGCCCUGCUUCCAUUACUACCACGUCCACUGCAUCGACAGGUGGUUGAAGGACAACACCACCUGUCCCAUCUGCAGGGCCAACCUGGCUGACGGAGACUGCCUGGUGCCGCCUACAUCCUAACAGGGAACUCUUGGAUGUCUUAGAAAGAAUUACUGAUUAAGUUGUUUUGGACGUUUUUAUUUCUUCCAUGUUUGAUGCUGAAGCUCCUCCAGUUUGUUCUGUUUUUUGUUUUUUACAACAAAUAAAAUGUUUCAUUUUCUUGGG